UGCCCAUUUGCCCUUUUUACUUUUUUUUCUUGAAACUAUAUGCUUAUAACAAUAGUGUACUUGUAGUUCAUUUGGUUGUACAUUGGAUGGAUCAACACCACUUUACCGUAUCAUCCUAAAUUCCUAAUCAGUCCAUUAGAGGUUUAGCAAUUUAACAAGCAUGGAGAUUCAAAAAGCUCGCUCUACCAUGACUCCUCGCCAUUUCCACUCAAUUCCAAACUAUACCCACCACUUAGUUCUUGUUUGUCCACAACAUACACUCAUACAGCAAAGAAAUUUGCGCCCUCUUUUUUGUUCUCAUAGUGUUCAACCAGUUGUACAAGAUCCAGUUAUGCAAGAAUCAUUUGGGAAAGAGAGCCAUUAUUACAAGAAUACAAGAAGAAAAAAGAGGGUGUUUUUGUUGGAUGUUAAUCCGAUUUGUUAUAAAGGAAAUGUCCCCUCUUUGCAAUCUUUUGCUCAUUGGAUAUCCCUUUUCUUCUCUCAAGUUAGCCUCACUGAUCCUGUUAUUGCUGUUAUUGAUGGGGAAAGAGGUAAUGAGUAUAGAAGACAGUUGUUACCUUCUUACAAAGCAAAACGGAGGAAAUAUUGGCAUCAGUUUCCAGAUGCAGGAAAAUCAAGGAGUACAUUUGAAAAGUCACAUAGACUCAUUUUGGAUAUUCUUCAGAACUGCAAUGUUCCUGUUGUUAAGAUCGAAUCACAUGAAGCAGAUGAUGUCAUUGCCACACUUGUAGAACAAGUUCUACAAAGGGGACAUCGAGUUGUCGUUGCCUCUCCUGACAAAGACUUCAAACAGCUGAUAUCUGAUGAUGUUCAAAUUGUCAUGCCAGUACCAGAGUUCAAUAGGUGGUCCUUUUACACCCUAAAACAUUAUGUGGCACAGUACAAUUGUGAUCCGAUGUCUGAUUUAAGCCUAAGGUGCUUACUAGGUGAUGAAGUUGAUGGUGUUCCUGGAAUCCAGCAUGUUGUUCCUGGUUUUGGUCGAAAGACUGCUUUGAAGCUUUUGAAAAAGCAUGGCACACUGGAGAAUUUGCUUAAUACUGCUGCAGUGAGAUCAGUGGGGAGGCAGUAUGCACAAGAUGCACUUAUCAAGUAUGCUGAUUAUUUACGCAGAAAUUAUGAAGUUCUUUCUCUUAAGAGGGAUGUCAGUGUCCAUAUUGAGGAGCAAUGGCUUAAUGAGAGGGAUGCGCGUAAUGACUCACUAGUUUUAUCCAACUUCAUCACUUCUAUGAAGGAUAGUCGGAAUCUUAAUUUUCAAUGCAGACCUCAUUCAAAUGGUUGAAAUUGCCAGACAAAAGCACCCUUGCUUAAGCUGAUGUAGUCUCUGAAAUCUGAAGAACGGUGAUCUUGAUGCUUCAGCAGAACUAUCAAACUAAACAAAUAGAAGAUUGCCAAAUCUUGCCAGAAGAUUUGACCAGAUGGCCCGUGGCUGAAUUGGAAUAUCCAAAUUCACAGUGAUUAUAGAUUUAUACUCACUGUUUCAUGUUUGCAUGUUUAUUGGUUCAUAAAACACAACUUCAGUUUUCCUCAUGUGGAAGGAAGAAACAUACCGUAGAAAACUUAACGCAAAAUGACUCAGUGGGUGCUGUACUAGGUCGGUUUUGUAAGUUGGACGCUUCUACUUACAUGUUUAUCAUCUGGAUCCUUGAACCCACUAAAAAACUAUAUUUUAAACCCUUU